UCGGAGCCUACUCGCGCUGUGUGGCGCGGCCUCGGGCUGGCCGCAGCAAGCCUCGCACCCUCCCGCGAAUCGCUGCGCCCGAGCUUUCCUGCGCAGCAGCCACGCCCUUGGCCACGCCGCACACAAACGUGCUGCGACAUCCAGCAGCUCGCCGCACCAGGCGCAUCGCCAGAGCCUGAACGCGGCAGGCUUCUCAACAAAUGGAAAGUUGCGUCACCGGGUGCGAUGGCUGCGCCCUCCGCACUUGCUGCGCCGAGCGGGCGUGUGACUGCUGCUCCCACCGAGAACGCCGCAAGAGCAGAGGCGACAGCCAUGGGUGUACCGGGGCCUGCUGCUGGCAGCUGUGGGGCGGCAGAGGAGAAAGAGGUGGUGGCACGGCCUCGGCUUACUCCGCUCAGCGGCAUUAGCAGCCGCGACCCCCUGAGCACGGAUGGCAGCAGCUGUUGCCGUCGAGGCAAAGUGGCGUCGCCCGGGGCUACUGCGGUUCUGGCAGCAGGGACAGUGGCGGCGGCGGCGGCUGUAGCCGCGGCGGCGACCGCAGCAGCCAGUAGUGGCAAGGGCGGCGGCAAGGAUGGCCAGGGCAAUGGCGACGGCGGAGGUGGCGGGCGAGAUGGCGAUGAGGAGCCAGGUGACGGGCAAGGCGGCUUCCUUGUGAACUUCGGCACGGCUGUGCGCGUGCUGCGAGACGACAUACCGCAGAUGCUGGUCCGGCCGCUGCAGUGGGACAUCUACCGUUCAGACGUGGCGCUGGUCAGCCCCUGGCUGCCGCCGCUGCGAGGCCUCAGCCGCUACCGCCUGCUGCACAGGCUGGUGCGGGUCGUGGCUCGGGCGCUGUACCGCACCGCCGCCGUCGAGCUGCUGCGCAUAUGGACGCCGCCGUCCCCUCCUGGCGGCGGCGGCGGCGGUGGCGGUGGUGGCGGCACCGGCAGCACCCGGAGCACCAGCGGCAGCACCAUUUCUGGUGCCCUGGCGGGCGACGCGGUGUGCUAUGCUCAUGCCAGCCGUACUGGCGCCCCUAGUCACAUGCUUCAAGGAGUGCCGGCUGGCCGGCAAGGGUCGGCGGCGGCGGGCUUGGCGGUUGCGAACUGCUGGCUUAUUGAUCUGCUGGAUGCGGACAGCGCCGCCGAUUCCAACAGUGGCACAGCAUCAAGCAGGUGCAUCAGGGAAGCUGCAGGCAGCGAUAGCAGCCGCAGCACCAGCACCAGUAGCCAUCAGCAGCUGAGCGGCGCCGGAGGAGGCGGUGCCGGUGGCGGUGCCGGCCCGGCAGGAGGAGGAGGUGGAGGCGGAGGAGGCGGUGGCCAGUUGCUGCGGGUGCGCUGGCGCAUGACCGCCCAGCCGUGGCUGCCGUGGGGCGAAGAGCAGCGGCUGGAGGUGAUCGCCACCUACACGUUUGACCAGCGCGGCAAAGUGGCGGUGCAUGAGCUGACCUCAGUGGUGCCGCCCGAGCCGCCGCUGCUGCUGUGGCCGCUGCUGCUAGUGGCAAGGAUGCUGGGCCGGGUGGUGGGGCCGGCUGAGGGCGGGGCUGAGCCACAGGGCGCGCCACCAGGGCGGCAGCCCAUCCCGGGCGCGGGGAUGGUGCGGCAGGUGGACGGGGCCACGACGGGCUAGGGCCUAGGGGGUGCGCGGAUUCUCAGGAUGGGCCAAUGGGCCCAAGAUGUUG